UUUGCACGGAGCUCGUAUUAAAGCGAUGUCCUGGUCAGUGAGGCUGGAAAGUUUUGAGACUUGUUCUGGAUACCGUACCUGCAGAGCGAAGUUCCGCAUGUCCCAAGACAGUUUUGCCAACACUGAACCCACCCCUGAUCCAAGUGUACUUUCAGGAGCCCAGCCUUUUGUCCAAAGGAGUUCUCUCUACAUUCAAAAUCAAGGAGCUGAAGCUGGAAUCCAGCAUCCCAUCGGAGGAUCCUUGGAGCAGCCUUCUCAAUCUACCUGCAGGACGAGUGGGGACAGGGCAGGGAAGCAAGCCUGAAGGAGAUGACCAGACCUGGGGUCAGCUUCUAAAAGGACUGCAAAAUAUACCUUCACAGUCAGGAAGAUAUAGCACAAUCUGACCUUGAACAAUCAAACGGUCCUUACUUAUAUGAAGUGUGUGUGUAUAUAUAUAUAUAUAUAUAUAUAUACAUGCAUAGUCAAUCGAUACACGCAUACAAAAAAUCAGUGCAUACAGUCCACACACCCAGCCAAGGACUAGCUUACAGCUGCAAGACCGGUCCGUACACACAAAGAGGCAACCUGUAUACGCACAGCAGAGCUCGCGACUUCUGUAAGUUCUGCCGUCUGGUCCCCUGGACGAUGAGCGAUGCCCCCACCCUGGACUACGAGCUCCUGUCCCCAGGGCCCUCGGAUGGGGCCCCCACAGCCGGGCCCAGCCUCUCAGGGGGAGCCGAGCAGAAGACCGCCUUUGCCUUCGUAGGCCUCCUGCUAGUCUUCCUGGUGGUUCUGGUGGUACGCUGCUUUCGCGUGCUGCUGGACCCCUACAGCCGCAUGCCCUCGUCCUCCUGGGGCGAACGCAAGGAUGGGCUGGAGAGGGGUCAAUUUGACUACGCGCUCGUGUAGACACCCCCCCCCCCGCCCGCGCAGCCCGCACAGCCCGCACAACCACUCUGAAACCAUAUCUACAAUGCCUUGUUCAAUGCUGUGUAGUCUUCAGUUUCCUAGGUUGGCCACAAGGGGGAGAGGGUGGGGUUUGUUGUACACCUGCUUUUCCAGGACUGGCCACCUAAAUGCUUGUGAAAUUUAGUCGAGCCCCCUUUUAUGUCUUGUUUUCUCACUGUCUAGUUUGAGAAGCACCAUGCUACUAAUGCGCCACAUUUCCAUCUAAUCUGCAACCGACAUUAAGAUGAUGGUAGAAGGACACCAAUAAGUACCUGUUUGCAAGUUCUUUCAUCUGCAUUAAAUAAUUGCAUGAAUCAGCAUUAUCCAUUUUGCACUUUGCGGUUGAAUACCCGCCUGUAGUGUCCAUUGCGAGCUGGAGAGAUGUUUUAUGGUGCUGACUGUUUCCAUCAAUGCAGUUAGAAUUGGGACUUCACCAGCAUGGAUUGCUGAUCUCUCAUUUCUAAUGGAAACGUGGCAUUUGGGAAUCCCAUUUCACCAGUGGUUCUAGAGUAUAACUAGGGCUGUAAAGUUGAUCGUGAAACAAGAUCUCACUUUGUUUUCACCCGUAACUUGAAUGAGGCUCUGAUAAUUGUAACAAAAAAACAACAACAACAACAAAAAAGUUCAGUUCAAUUGCUUUUCCCGGAUUUAAAAUCUUAAUGACUUGUUGCAAAAAUGUUAUAACCUGUUUUGUAAAUAAUCCUCAUAAUUACGAUUAAGUUAAAUCAGUUUAACUUCUCUCGCUAUUUGCAUUCGGUUUUACAUUAUCAAUGGAACAGAAUCCUGGUGUCAAUCAAGUUAUGGAAGAAAAAACAAAAAUGAACUUGUUGCACAAUCAAUGCUUUUCCAAGAGUUCAAUUGAACAUUCAGCUAAAAAAAAAAUAAAUAAAAAGGACAUCACGUGAUCAAAAAUUAAAAAAAAAGACGAAAAUCAAAGAGCCCUAACUAUCAGAUGCUUGCACUGCAGGAAAUGCAGGGGCUAGAAAUAUGGUUUGAAAUGCAGACAGUUUAUUUUGGUAGGCAUCGUGGCUCAGUGGUUAGAGCUGAUGGUUGGGAGCUUGUGGAUUCCGUAUUCAAGCAACCCUUAACAGCUUCUGCCUAAACUCAAGGAUGAAUGGUGCAGCACACAGAAUAUAACUGCAACAGCCUGCAGAACAGCAACCCCAACCCUUCCAUGAAGACAGUAUGAAACAGUUUUUAAUAUUGAGAGUCCACAAGGCGAAAGUACAAGUGGUCGCGGAAUUCCGAAAGGAGACUCCAGCGAAACAUACAACAGUGCCUCAUACAGCCUCCAUGCAAAGACAGUUAUGAGAGAGGGGGGGUUAGGAAGCGAAUUUUAAUUCAACCAUAAAAAAAAAAAAAAAAAUGAAGAGAAUAAUAGUACCCGAUGAAACAAGGGAGAAUAUAAAAUGAACGGACUGGCACUGGUAGCUACAAUGAUAUCAAUAAAGUAACAUCUGCAAAUAUGUGUAGGAUGUUAUGAUAGUUUAUUUCAGACUCCUCUAGUCCCCUCUGAGUGUGUGGGACCCCUGCGCAGUUACCCCUAGCUGCACGGACUACUCCUCAGCACAGCAGAGGAUACUGAUUAUAAAUCAUAAUGCAGGUUGUGGAUGGGAAGGAAUAUUGCAUAUAACUGAUUCGGACAUGGAAUGGCAUCCCUUCCUAAGGCUCUUGUAACACUGUGAGUUUCCCUACUAUACAGCGUGCUCGGAAUAUUCUUUGCCUCUGUAAUGGAAAACCUUAUGUUGAGAACUAUAUUGUAUCCGUGUUGUCUUCUGUCUGAUGAACUUUAAACUGAUUUGAAGCCUAUUUGAGGAGACGUUUGUUCUUGUGUGGGGGGAGAUUUGUCACUUUCACUUCAUUUGACACAAUGCAAUCGGGUCAUUAAAUUGGUGUUUACGACUGGUGCAAGUGGAAGACUAAUCUUCCUGCAGGCUGAAGCAAUAUCGAUAAGAACAACAUGGCUGUUUAUUUUCCCGAAUAACAAGGAAGCACGCUGAAGGAAAAGCCUUGGUGUGACCUGUACGGCUCAACCCAGGUAAGUUUUUAAUACUACCUUUAAAAAAAAAAAAAAAAUAAUAAUUAUUAAAAUAAAAUUUAAAAAUCGGCACAGGACUGGAGGCCUUCGUUCAGGUGCUUCCUGAAUUUGAUUCAUAAUUAUCCAAAAUUACGUUGGUGUCUUUUUUUUUUUAAAGAGAGUGUUUUCAAGUCUGACACUGAAGCUGAGAUACAGUACACACAUUUUUACUUACUAGGCAGUGGCAAGUAAAAAAAAAAAAGGCUACAAGCAUACAAGUUCACAAAAUAUAUAUAUAUAAAAAAAGUUUACAAAAAUUGGUUAUACAUACAUAUAGCCAAGGCUGUUUACAGUGCAUAAACCACUGUGUUGAAAUAACAUUAGCACUGUUAGUUACCGAGCAUGGGAGUCAGCAAUCCACUCAACUUUUCCGAAUAGCCCUUCUCUGGGCAGGGGGUGGGGUUUGCAUUACCACUGGUGGGCAGGUGUAGAAAGACAGGCUAGGCUUUUCAGGAAGGGCCAGCUGGACUCGAAUACUGUGUUUAAAUCUGAGAGAGCACAACAACGCUUUACACGUGACUUGGGGUUUGAUGCAGCAAAAUUGUCUCAAACUAGGUCUCCUGGAACCAGGUCUCAAGCCACUGUUCUUGAAAAACAAAGUGGCAUAAUGUUCCCUCAGGUUAAGAUUGAAAUAAACCCAGAUCCUUAAUCUUAAUUCAGCACUCUAGGCCGAUUUAAUAAAAACUCAAAUUUUCACAGCUUCGUAACCUUACAAAACACAACUUACAGAAUUAGAUCUUUGCACCAUUUUUUUUUUUUAAAUAGAAUUUUCUGAGCAAAACAGCAGAACAAACAUAACCCACUCCCUAAAGAAAGAAAGACUAUACUUCUUAGCUAGUGCUGUAUGAUUCGGUAACCUUGUUGACAAGAACAUAAAUCUACAGUUCAUUUAAAAAUAUACAGUUUUAUUUAUUUUUUAUAAAGCAGGUUUAAGAAUAUUGGCUGUUGGCAUAAAACACAGUUUAAAAAAAAAAAAAAAAAAUUAAAAAUAACAAAAAUACAAAAAACAGCAUUUUAAAAAGCACCAAAACGAGCCCUAAUAGAAAAUGUCACUCUUAGCUGCAAUCAAAAAUGAAAUUGUGAGGCUGCAUUUAAAAUCCCUUUGCUCGGUGAAACUCGGAAUUAUUUAGCACCAUUGUUCUUUAUAUAAAGAAACAAACCUGAUUCAGUAUUAUUCAGUGAGGUUGGAAGUUUUAGUGCAGUUUCUGCAUGCAUGAGUGUGCGUUUAUCUGAAUGUGUGUGUGAGAGAGAGAACUACAGGAAUAAAUAUGACUCGAUGUUAAUGGACACGUGCGUAAUAAAACAGGCUUCAUGGAUCUUCUGUAAAUUACUGUUGGACUGCACAGUAACCCAAUAGCACCCUCUGCUGCACCAAAGCAGCGUUACAGUGAGGUUACAGUAGCAGUUUGAGUGUUUUCAGCUUAUGCAGUGAAAUGGGGUGAGGUAAAGGUACACAAGCACACACGCAAACACAAAAAAAGGUGCACUAAAACUGUGGUUUGACAGGAGAUGAUGUGUAACAGUAGGAGCCAGUUAUUGCACAUGUUAGGAACAUUUGCAUUUUAAAACCUGAAAUGUAGUUUUAGCAUUGCAGUCCUUCGUGUGAACAUUU